AUGGGCGUAAAUGGGCUCCUCCCAUUUUUAAAAAAGUGCAGUCGCCGUGUUGAUAUCAAGGACUUUAAAGGAUACACAGUUGCUGUUGAUACCUAUUGUUGGGUACAUAGGGCUUCGUACUCAUGUGCAAUGGACAUUGCUUUGGGGAAUCCAACUUCACAAUAUUUGAAGAUGGUUCUUGAUGCCGGUGUAAGGCCGAUAUUAGUCUUUGAUGGCGCAGAUCUUCCUGCGAAGGCUGAAACUGAGGCAAAGCGUCGUAGAUCCAGAAAAAUGUACAGGGAGAGGGCAGCUCAGUAUCUUCUUGAGGGAAAGCGGAAAGCUGCUCAAGAAUGCUUUGAGAGAUGUGUGGAAGUUACUGCAGAAAUGGCCCGCGCUGUAAUGAAGGCUGCUCGGAAGCUCGGUGUCGAUUGCAUCAUAGCGCCUUACGAGUCGGAUGCUCAGUUAGCCUAUUUAGUGCAAUCGGGCUAUGCCGAUCUCGUAAUAACUGAAGACUCAGACCUUCUCAUGUUUGGUUGCAAGCAGGUUAUUUUUAAACUCGAUUUAACAGGGUUUGGAACCCUAAUUACAUGGAGCGCAGGCAUUGGCGAACAAUGCUGCGGCAUAGCGUCACAAGAUUUUUCCCCUGCGAAUCUGCGUUUUAUGGGCAUACUUUCUGGAUGCGACUACUUUCCAGGCAUUCCCAGAAUCGGUCUAGCUACUGCUGCUAAGAUAAUGCGUCAGUGUCGCACUACGGAUUUUCGAUACCUUCUUUCCAACCUUGGGAAUUUUUAUAAUCUUGCUGGAAACGCCUGUCAGCCCAUUCAAUCCCUUAACGAAGUGUGUCUCUCGCAGUCUGCGAGCAUCAGUAGGGAUCGCGUCACCUCUUCACCCUUAGCUUCCAUCUCAACCCCAAAAUUAAGUUCGACCUCUUCUAACAACGGGAAGUUCUCGGUGGAGGGCUGGAAAUCUGGUGGUAACAGACUACAUGAAGCCACCAUUCUUGCAGCAAUGCGUGCAGAACGCACCUUUCGAUUACAAGUUGUUUUUGAUCCUAAAACCCGAAAGCGUCUUCGACUUUCUGAACCUACGAUUGAUGAUAUCAAGGAGGAACGGUUAGCACUUUUGAAUGCGGAUUUGUCGGACGAUGUAUUAUUUUCCUAUGCUGGAGAGGACGCGAUGGACUCAGAACUUGCAUUUGCCAUUGCUGUGGGGAACGUUGACUUUGAAACCGGUGAAAAAGUCGAUACGUUCAAUCCGGAUCAUUUCAAGGUGAAUAAAUUAUUCAAUGGACUCAGUGCAGAUUCUGAUGAGCCUCAGGAAAUACCUAAGUUUAGUUGCGCUGCUGCAAGUUCCCUUAAGUCGAUAUUGAAGAGGGCCCGUCGUCCGGAUGGCGAACGUUUGAACAUAAGUGUAUGGAGCACCAAUUAUAAAUUGGAACCCGUGUGGCUUUACUACACCGAUGCAGGAAUUCGACCUCGUCCAUUUUGCAUUUCGGUAGAUGACCAUGCUAACGACUCGCAGCGACUAGAUUUGCUGCAGCUGAGCGGUGGAGUGGAAGAAGGAACGGCGGGUGUGAAUAUAGGGAUUUUCCCUAAAUAUGAUAAUUUACCACGGUUUCGACCCAAACUUAGAAGUGGAAAAGGUCUUAGUCGAAAUCAUCGUGUUAUCGUACCCUCAGUCCUCACGUCUGGAUCGGCCACUACCAACGCGCAGAAGAGGCCAUUAGAUGAGGACGCCGGUUAUGGUCCCACUAAAAUUCAAGGCAUACUGGCCUCCUACGCUUCUGAGGAUAGCCACGUUCUUCCGAGAACACCGUUAAGAUCGUUUUCAACCAGUGGAACACCAAUCACUUCUGCCAACUCCUAUUUUGCUUCUCCUGUGUCUACGGCAAUUUCAACAGGCGAUUAUGGAGCUGCAGGUGGUAAUCCAAGCAGUCCCGUAUUUCAAUCCAAACGCUCAAAAUCUCUGUCCACUGUCAUUGAGCCGGAAUUUGUGAGCAUCGAACAUGUGCACCGUUCAGCCUCUACUUUCAGGCGAACCCCUCAUAAGAAAAGUGCCAUGUCGUCAGCACUGACGCAGCGUCUCCUCCCCAGUUUAUGGAAGAGUACAGGGGAACUCCCUACUCCACUGAGGCAGUUGUCAAAUGGUCAGCAACAACAAAGUCUUACAGACGAGGGGUUGAUUGAGCACCGCGGGUGCGAACCUUCAAGCUCACCCAUUUAUGAUGGUCAGACAGUGGGUUUCGAGCAGGUGGACGCCGUCCAGACCGAGGUCGGAGUCUCGCCCAUAGAAGGGUCAAAGCGGAGCGGCGGAGAACCAGAGUUGUCCUCGUUUUUUAGCAAAUGGCAGUUCACGCCUCCUAGAAGUUCCAUAACCUGA